CAAUUCCAUACUUUUGUUUAGCACGUUUUGAUCUCCCACUUCUCAACCUAAAAUUUGAAUUAAUUAUUUUUAUCUGCCGUAUCACAGCAAACGUGAUACAAUUUAAACCGUGCAUAGUGGAAUGGGAGAACUGAAUUGGCGACCUUUCAUCUAUGGUGGGGUAGCAUCUUGUGUUGCCGAGUUCGGUACCUUUCCUAUAGAUACAUCAAAAACUAGGUUGCAAAUACAGGGCCAGAAGCAUGACAAAAAAUUUGCACAGCUCAAAUACAAGGGUAUGGUAGAUUGCCUGCUGAAAAUUGUAAAAGAAGAAGGAUCUGCAUCUUUAUAUUCAGGAAUAUGGCCAGCAGUAUUGCGCCAGGCAACCUAUGGAACAAUAAAAUUUGGCACAUACUACUCAAUGAAAAAUGUUGUGAAGAAACAUAUGGAUCCUGAAGAGAAUGUGGUAGUCAAUGUAACAUGUGCUGUGAUAGCUGGGGCUCUUUCAGCCUCAAUUGCCAAUCCGACAGAUGUACUGAAAGUACGGAUGCAAGUGGCUGGGACAACUGGUAAUACCAACCUCAGUCUUGUUGAUUGUUUUAAAGAUGUUUAUACUCAUGAGGGCAUAUCAGGGUUAUGGAGGGGAGUGAAUCCGACAGCUCAAAGAGCAGCAGUGAUAGCUGCAAUAGAAUUGCCAAUUUAUGACUUUUGCAAAAGAUGGUUAAAAACUUUUUUUGGUGAUACAGCAACUAACCAUUUUAUCUCGAGUCUCAUAGCGAGUUUAGGAAGUGCAGUAGGUUCGACGCCAAUGGACGUAGUGAGGACGCGGCUGAUGAAUCAGCGCAAACUGAAGAACACAGUAGGCAGCUUACCACCUCAUAUCUAUAAGGGAACAAUAGAUUGCUUCAUGCAGACCUUUAAAAAUGAAGGGUUUUGGGCACUGUACAAAGGGUUUAUUCCGACAAUGUUUCGGAUGGGACCUUGGAAUAUCAUAUUUUUUAUGACAUAUGAACAGUUACAUCAGUUGUAUUAAUUGUGGCCAGUAUGUUAUUUAUGUAUUUAUUUUGCAUUUUUGAAUAGUAUUAUUUUUAUUUUUAAAUAUACACAAACCCAACUGGAGACAUAUUACGUUUGUUGUUUAUUUAAACUGUACCUAUGAUUCACCCAUUAUCAUGAAAUUACUGCAUGCAAAAUAUGACGCUAGAAUAGAAUAAGAACAUCAUAUACGAAAAUGGCAUUUGUGGUAACAUCCUAGCUUUCUCCUAGGCACUAUCUUCCCCUUUAGAUGCAGACUAGUAGGGAUGGGUGCGCAGCUAUUAGUCGAUAGUUUUUGAAUUGACAUUGACAGUAUUGACACUUCGAUAGUAAAUAUGAUCUACAAGGUUAUGUUUACAGAUUCUUGCGAUUGCCAUUAAACAUUUGGAAAAUAAUAUCUUUUUCUUAUUUUCAGACAUUACACCAUGGCUAAGUAGACAUAAAGAAUGGAGAAAAUUAGCCAAGAAAUUGAGGAGAAAAAGAAUUAGACAGAAGAAUGCUAAAUUACGAGACGAAAAAGAAUUACAAGAACUGCAUCUAAGGGAAAAGAAUCCUGCAUACCAAUCGUGGUUGCAACACAAGGAGAAGGAAGAAGCACUCAGGAUUACAGAGGAAGCAAGGAUCUCAGAGAAGAAUGAAAUACAGUGGAGAAAAAAUGAAAAGGAAGCACAAAUAAAAUUUAAAGAAUACCAGGAGAUACAGAGGAUAGCCAGAGAAGAAAGGGAGAAACAAAAUGAGAAAAUUAGGAAGGAAUGGGAACAGGAGCAAAAACGAUUUGAGGAGAAAAAGGAAAAGGAAAGGAUUGAAAAAGAGAGGUUGAAUGAGAAAGUUGAAUACUUCUUAGAAAAUGGGGGUGAUACUCCUGAACAUCUCAAAAUCUCUAUGCAGACUAAUCCGAAUAAGGAGGUUUGUACAUUUUUUCAAAAGACAGGAGCCUGCAGAUUUGGUGAUGCCUGUUCUAGAAACCACAUCAAACCAGGCAUAAGCAGGGUGCUACUUAUACAAAAUUUUUUUAGUCAUUAUAGGUAAGUAUGGAUAUGGACUAACAUAUUCUCCAAGAAGAUGCCCAACCAUGUGCUGUCUUUUAAAGGUCCAC